AUGCUAACAGGUUCCAAGACAUUCCUUUCCAAAAUCAAGAGCCGUCUCUUAGCCGCCAUCAAGUGGAAACAAGACCGGAACCACAACUGGCCCCAACCGAUUCGCUCUGGAGCUGAAGAGUAUCUCCCUUACGAUGUUUGGGACUCGCAAAAUCCUGCAGAGAGAUAUGCAUCCGCCGGAGACUUAUGUGCCCACCUUGGCGAUCAACUUCCAAUACCUCUCGUGAAGCUCAUCGCUCGAGAUGUACUUCAAGGAUUAAAGUACCUGCAUGGAAUUCGAGAGACAGUGCAUGGAGAUAUCAACCCAGAUUUCAUUCUCCUUGCUCCCCGAGACAUGAAAGCCAUUAUUACCCAGUUCACCGGCGACGCCAUCUCUCGUUACUCGUCUGACAUCUCGACGCUGUCAUUCCAGCCCCAGUACUUUAAUUACGAAGCACUAGUAUCGCCGGGGUAUGGGUCGUCGGUCAUCUUUCGAUUGUGCUAUCCCACUGUUGACCGGCCACGCAAUACUCCGUUCAGUGACAACUAUGGAAUGCGACCCCCCGAGGCCAUAUUGGGAGCACCUCGGAGUACUAGUGCAGACUUAUGGACCUUGGGCUGUGUGUUGUAUGAGCUUCUAACAGGGGAAAGUCUUUUCGAUCCCUUUUUCCAGACGGUGGAGCUUGGACUCGCACCAGAAGAAUCUCAUUUGAUCCAAAUCAUCGAACUGGUCGGCGAUUUGCCCCUAGAUCUUUUGAGGGCGGGAAAAUACACUAGGAAGUGGUUCGACGAAGAUGGUUCCCUUCGGCUGGAUACCACCUAUUAUCCCGUUUCUUUGGAAGAAGUACUCAAGAUGCGGAUCGAGGAGUCUGAUGUCCCGGAGGCAGCAGAUUUUCUAGGUUCAUUACUGAAGCUCCGACCAGAGGAUCGGACAAAAGCCGUGGAGCUACUAAAUCAUCCGUGGUUAAAGGCCUGA